CCAAUAUGGCGCAACAUAUUUGUGAUUGUGUUGACUGGGUAAUCUGUUGUAUUGUUUUUCUUUUAAAAAGUUCAAGUUCUGCUCAUUAAGUUUCCGUCUAACGGUAUCUAAAAAAUGAUUCCCUUUAGAUUUUGUAAUGUUAUCAGAAGUUUUUCUCAGACUGCUGACAAGAUCUCUAACCUCGUUAAGAAGAACAAAGUGGUUGUGUUUAUGAAAGGUGUUCCAGACAGUCCUAAGUGUGGCUUUAGCAAUGCUGUUGUACAGAUACUAAGGAUGCACGAUGUUAAAUAUGAUGCCCAUGAUGUUCUUGAAGAUGAAAUGCUCAGACAAGGCAUCAAAGAUUAUUCUAAUUGGCCUACAAUACCUCAAGUAUUUAUAAAUGGAGAAUUCGUAGGUGGUUGUGACAUACUUUUAGAAAUGCAUAAAAAUGGUGAGCUAGUAGCUGAACUAAAGAAAGUAGGUAUCACAAGUGCACUCUUAGAGAAGGAAGAAUUUCAAGAAACGAAAACCAAAGAUUAAGC